AUGGGGUACACGAAGGACCAGCUUCUCGCGCGCCUCCAGGAGCUUAAGAUUUAUUUCACGUGCUAUGAUCACCCUGUUGUGUUGACAGUGGAGGAACAGGCCAAACAUGUUGGCCAUUUAGGAGGUGCUUUGAGUAAAAAUUUACUCUUGAAGGACAAGAAGCAUCGGUUAUAUGUUAUUUCUGCCCUUGCUGGCACCAAAGUUGACAUGAAAAUUCUUUCUCAACGUCUUGGGUUGGGAAAAGGUGGUCUACGAAUGGCUCCGGAAGAAAAUCUUCUAGAAGUACUUCAGGUGCCCUUAGGGUGUGUUACUCCUUUUGCGUUAAUAAAUGAGUCCGCAAGUGCUGUUUCACUUUUACUUGAUCAAGGUUUCAAGUCUAAACAGAUUUGCUACUUCCAUCCACUGACAAAUGAUGUGACAAUUGCUCUUAGCUCAAGCAACCUUGACAAGUUUCUCAUCUCCUUUGGGAAGCAACCUGCAUAUGUGGACUUGGAGGCUGCACCAGCUGUGGGUAAGGAUAAUCCUCCUGAUCUAGCACAUUUGGUUCCAUCUGGUGUGCCAAAUUCCUCAGAACAACCAGUUGAGAACGCAUCACAUACUAAUGUUCCUCAUCAUCAAAAUAAUGUGCCCAAAGAGACAGAAGUGAAGGCUAUCAUGACAAUUUCCAAAGUUCAGAGCAAGGGUGCAGAAACAUCGAGCAAAGUAGAUAAACCUACUACCAAUACCAGUGUUGACAAAUUUGUAAAUGAUGUGUUUGACAUCAUCUCCCCGUUAUUGUCUGAGGAAUUGAAGAAAUUGGACAUUAAGAAGGAAGAGCUUUCUUCGAUCUUAGAUGGCCUGAGGGGACGGGCAGAUCCAGAUUUGAAGAGUAUAGCGAUGACUCUGAAGAAUGCAUCAUAUACCAAUGGGUUUCACGCUGGUUUCAAAACCAUGCUGCAUCGUGGUUUAAACGGCUGA